AUGGGUGUUAAGGCAGGUCUCAACCAGCUCGUGAAAGAGCACGCGCCUGGCGCUUUCAAAGAGUUCACCAUGAAAACCCUCUUUGGCAGAAAAGUGGCCAUCGACGCUUCCAUGUGCCUUUACCAGUACCUUAUUGCUGUUAGACAGCAGGAUGGACAACAAUUGACAUCUGAGGAUGGAGAGACUACGUCACAUUUACUGGGAAUGUUCUAUAGAACCGUGAGAAUGGUCGAAAACGGUAUGAAGCCCAUGUACGUGUUUGAUGGAAAGCCUCCAGUGUUGAAGGGAGGUGAAUUGGAGAAGAGAAUGUUGAAGAAACAGGAAGCUUUGAGUAAGCUUGAAGAGAUCAAGGAGACAGGUACGGUGGAAGAGCUUCUUAAGCACGAGAAGAGAACAGUGAGAGCGUCGAGACAACAGAACGAGGAGGCCCAGAAGCUCUUGGAGUUGAUGGGUAUUCCAUAUAUGAUUGCUCCCAGUGAAGCUGAAGCACAGUGUGCUGCUCUAGCGAAGGGCGGUAAGGUGUUUGCAGCAGCUUCGGAGGAUAUGGAUACGUUAUGUUACGAGCCUCCGUUCCUAUUAAGACACUUGACCGUGGCAGAAGCUAGAAAGAUGCCUGUGGAUCAGAUCGAGUACCUGGAGGUGCUCAAGGGCUUGGAUAUGGACAGAUCGACGUUUGUGGAUUUGUGUAUUUUGCUUGGAUGUGACUACUGUGAGACGAUCAAGGGUGUUGGUCCAGUGACGGCGUUCAAGCUUAUCAAGGAGCACGGCUCGUUGGAGAAUAUCGUCAAAAAACUGGCCUUGGCUGAGGCAAAGGAAUUGUUCAUGAACCCAGAAAUCACCAAGACUGCCAGUGCAGACGAGGUGGAUGUGAAGUGGGAGGAGCCUAAUGUGGAUGGACUUGUGGAGUUUAUGGUCCAACAGAAGGGAUUCAACGAGGAUAGAAUCCGUAGUGGAGCUGAAAAGCUCAAAAAGGCAUUGAAAGGCGGUACCCAGGGCCGUCUUGACGGAUUCUUCACUGUGGUGAAGCUGGCACCAGCCAAAAAAGAGCCGCCGAUACCAAGGACAAGGGUAAGGGCAAGAAGAAGGCUAGACGUUAGAAUUGGGGUUCCCAAUGAGGGUUGCCAACUGUACAAAUUGAACCUGAUGAAACAAGCUGAUAUAAUCCCCAGCGACGAGAAGUCGAUGUGA